GACUCGAUAACCCUAGGCCAGCUAAAGGCCAUGCAAUCAUACUAUGACUUCAAAUACGAUGACGAGGACACAGUGCUCAAUGAAAUCGAGGAAUUCUACUCGUACGUGGAGAUGCCUCAAGUCGAGGAAAACGCGAAGGCGUGGGUCCAGGGCACGUUCGAAGGAGAAUGGAUCAAGAGCUCAAUAUCGAAGAGAAAGGCUCACGUUGAGUUUCUACUGGAAAGACUAGAGCAUAAGGACGCGGAGGCUCGCUUUACGCACGCACGACGGCUGCUCUAUAUCUUGCAGGGCGAGUAUUCCAUUUCAUCGUGCGGAACACGCCAUUCAAACACUACGUCUCCCGAACACCAGCUUCAUUGGAUAUUUGAGAACUGCAAGGUGGUGCGCGCCGCUAAUGGCCUCAGUAACAUCGUGGAAGCAAUGAAGAUCGCUAGCUCGAAGCUAGAUAUGCUAUACGCUCUUCCUGACGCAGAGGCCGCGCAAUCAGGUAUUUCGCUGGAAGCGAAGGCGGAGCUCAUGGAAGAAUUCACGACAGAAAUCUAUGUCUACCUUGCCAUGCUGUAUCAUCUGAUUGAGACUCUCAAGGGCCAUGACGAUUUCGCCGAUGAACUCAUGAGCCUUGACCCACCGCUUCCAGUUUAUUUUUUCAACGUCGUGUCGGGGCUUCGUGACAAGAGCGCGAAGGGGUAUCCUGUGAAGAAGCUUCUUUUAGUUCUUUGGAAGACUCUCCUUUCCUGUUGCGGAGGAAUCCGUGACUUAGCAAGAGUGAAAAAGCUCUCGCGAGAGCUGGCGGGAUUGGCUCCGAUCCCCGACGAAGCGGUCCCGAUAAAGUCUUCGCCGCUCGAUAUAGAAGCCUUUCGCCAAGAAAUUUCUGUGAAGUACCCAACAUUCUCCGCGCACCCUGCCUCUCCAACUGCGGCUGGCCACGAACCGCAGGCCCUGCCGUCUAUCCCCAUAGCCAAGCUCGCCGAAGCCUACACCCCCAUACCCAUACGCCCUCAUUAUCACCACGAGGAGCCAGAAUCACAACACCCGGGCCACAGUAUGCAACACUACCAGCCUUCUCAAAUGCACAGCGGCUUUCGGGGCGUCCCGCAGCCCGCCACGCCGGCUCCCACGCCUCCCCCUUCGCCCAAACCGAAGAAGCAGCAGUAUCAGACGGACCCUUCUAGGCCGUUCCUGUUCCCCUUCUCACGGCGCCGAGACAGAGGGCGGGACAUGAUGCUCGUUCCCUUUGCCAUAGAAGAAGCGGAUAAGCUGUAUAAUAAGCACAUGUACGUCAGUCUGCCCCUGUGGCAAAUGUGGAAGAUGAGGGAGGAAUGCAUGACGGCGGAGAGUGGUCUGGACCAUCUGCCUGGUAUGGAAGGCGUGACAGACUCUAUGACUAGGAUGACGACCGAAGAGGCGUUGGACACAGAAAUAGAGACCCUACAUGAUGUGGCACUUUUGGAUGCGAAAAUUGCCGAAACCGAAGCCGCCAUUCAAAAUGCGGAAUCCACCGCUGAGAGCCGUCAGCUGAAGCAGCGAAGAGAAGACUUGUUGCGGUUGAAGAGGGUCGAACAGAUCUAUAGCGCAGUGCUCCCUGUCCUGUCCAACUGGGUUCUCGUACUGCUAAAAUUGCUUCUGUCGAUCGUGUCGGCCUCAUCGCCGAACCAGCCUCCACCGUCUGCUGGUGGAUCGAGUUUUCCUCCUGGCGUAUCCUCCCAGUCUCCUAGUCAUGCGAUAGAUCCUGGUGACAUCGAUGUGACACGACACAGAGAAGUCACUACCAAGGCGGUCUCUGCAAUCCUUCUCCUGACCCUCAAAUGGUUCAAAGCCUCCCAUGUCAUGAAAUUUCAUCAUUUGGGACAGCUGCUACUGGAUACAAACUGUCUUUUGCUCGUCAUGAAGAUGUUCGGCCUCCAGGACGUGUCAGCCUCGAUUGUCUCCAAAGCUGAGUCUCCUAACAACAACUUCUUCCGAUACUGUCUUCUUCGCUGUUCGAAGAAUCCUCAAUUAUCUCACACUGAUGAUCAUAUGCUCAGCCAGCCCAGGCGCACCGUUACACGAAUCACUGUACUCCCGAAUGGGUUGAGGAGCGAGGAGGACGUUGAUAUGUUGACAGAAUUCUCUUGGCGCAACUUCUUCUCGUCAAUCAACUUCACCAAGGUCAUGCAAAAGUUGUCCAAACAUCGUUCAAAUCGCAUCCGCAUGCUGGUGCAAUAUAAGAGUUCUGCCGUCUUGAAGCGAAUUCUGAAGGUUCAGCAUCCUAUGCUUCAACUACACAUCCUCAAGCUUAUCAAGAGCCAAGUACCGUUCAGUGGGCGGAAGUGGAGACAAUCAAAUAUGCAAGUCAUCACCUCGAUAUAUCUAAAUUGUCGGCCGGAUCUGCGCGACGAGUGGCUCACUGGCAACGAAGUGGACGAGGUAGGCGAAGGGCAGGCCCAGGAGGAGGCCCUGCGGCAGCUGGUCAAAUUCUAUAACACCAAGCGAUACGGUCAACCGUCUUCGCAUCCGGUCAGUCACACGCAUCGCCGUUCGGUCAGUAUGUCCCACACAUUAGAAAGCCUGCACGGCUCUGAGCUGCAAGGCCUCGUCCGACCUGUCGGCACGCCAAAUGUCGUGGAAGCCGACGUCUUCCCACCCCUUCGCGCGCAAGCUCCUGAUCCUAACAUCUUUCUGCCAUACAUCACGGAGGACAUCGCAUUUGAGGAAGAGUAUGAAGAAUACCUGUCGGAUUUAGGAUGGUCUGACAGCCAGCCACAUGUCUCUGACGGACCGCCCAUCAGUUCGUCGAGGUGGCACAGGCUUCCAGAUUUUGCGUCAGACUUAGCAGACGGUAUCAGUGACAGCGAAAGUAUUGUGUCAAUUGGAGAGCUCGGCGAUGAAGGACGAGACACAGGUAGAGAUGAUAGAGAAUCAACGGAUGCGAAUCUAAACAAUUGGGAGCACAUGAGUCCGAAGACGAUGGCCGCGCUCACGAAGUCACCUGCGAGGCCAGGGGUUCGACGAUCGUCUUCUGGUGAGAAGCUGCGACCUGUCAUACCUUUCGGACUCGAUGAGGCCAAUCUGGCUGAGGGUCUCGAAGACGAAGAUGAUGGUGAAGAUCUAGGACCCAUGCCCAGAGAGCAAUCAGGGCCAUUCGCCUCUGGUGGGGGUGUUGACGAAGUAGAGUAUGCCUAUGGGGUUUGAUGUUCUUUCUCCACCCGUAGUUACACUUCUCUGAUACACUCCGCCCAUGCUUAUCAUGUCGUUGCCGCUAUUCAAUCGUCCUGGCAUAUCAAUCGUCAGAAUAGCAGAUCGCUUCUCGUCCCAAA